CUGGUAAACAAAGCCCUGACCAAAAGAAAAAAAAAGGCAAAGCAAUGCUGGAGGAAGAAAUGGCUUUUCUGUGUUAAAUCCCCACCCCACUAUGCCAUACACCUUCCUCCCUGCAACCACAUUCGGGCUGUAGCACCGGAGGCACCACAGGACGACCGGGCAAUGUCACCUGCCCCUAUUCGCACUAUAGAGCAUCCCAAGCACCGACCUGAAGUAAUGACUGCAGCUGCAGAGGAUGUUCUUGUGCGCGUUGAACUGACAGCCGUUCACUUCGAUGAUCACAUCGCAGAGCUUCCCCUCCAGGCGGAGCUCAUUGAACACCUCGCAGGCCAUCGCGCUCAUCUUCCUCUCCAUCAGUGAGGCGGAGCAGCCGCUGUGCGCCGCGCUGCCGUCCAUGUCGGAGCCCGGGCCGGCGGGAGGAGUGCGCGGGGGCCGCUUUCGCCUCGUCCUCCUACAUCUUCUCCGGAAUUCCCCCGAGGGGGUCUGGAAUCGGCCCCCCAGUGAGGUCACACUGGUGGCGCUGGGCGUGCUCCCGGCUCUUCAUGGCUGCCCGGCGAUCUCCACCCUGCGCGCACCAGCGCUGCAAGAAACCACCGCGAGCUUCUCCCGAACUGUGCUUUGGUUUGGGGAGCUUUCAGUGAUGCUCGGGGCCACCGCUGCGGCUCGGCCAGGGCCCCGUGCACGGCCUGCAGGCGGGUGCCGCUCCUGGCUGCCAUUUAUGCCGGCACGGCGCUCGCACGGCUCCCACGGGAGCGGGACGUCGGACGAACGAACACCGGCACGCAGCGCGGUGAGCGAGCAGCGCGGGUUCAGAGCCUUUCGGCGCCCUUCGGAGGCUUUCGGAACCUUUCGGCGCCCUUCGGAGGCUUUCGGAGCAUUUCGGCGCCUUUCGGAGCCCUUCGGAGCCUUUCGGAGCCCUCGGGCUGCUCGCGUCUCCACGCGGCGGUGCCCGUGAGCGCGGCGCGGUGCCGGGUGGGCGCUGCCCCGCUGCCGGUUGUCGCUUUGUUCCGUUCAGCAGCGCCGUGGCGGUGCUGGGUUGGGGCAGUGGCUGCCAUCGGCUCCCGCCACGUCGUUCUGUUUUUUUUUUUUUUUUUAAUCUUUCGCUUUCCGCCUCCAGAGCGGGCGGCGAAAGAAACGCAACCGCGGGGCCUCCCCGGAACGAGGAGGCGCUGCGCCGGGCGGAGACCGAACAGCCACGCUGCUCCGCCCCGCGGCUGGGCAGCACCGGCGCGGCACGGCACGAUGGUGCCGGAACUGCAGAAAACCACGGUCCGCAUCCAGCAGCCGGAGCGCGUCAUGGGGCUGAUCCGCGCCAUCAAGGAGCAGGGCAGCAGCAAACUACAGGUCAUCUCUGACUUCGACAUGACGCUGAGCAGGUUUGGGUGCAAUGGCCGGCGCUGCCCAACGUCACACAAUAUCCUCGACAACAGCCAUGUCAUCAGUGAGGAUGGCAAGAAGAAGUUAAAAGAUCUGCUGCAUCACUACUACCCCAUCGAAAUCGAUCCCAACCGCAGCCUGGAAGAGAAACGUCCCCUGAUGGUGGAGUGGUGGACCCGGGCCCACGAGCUGCUGUCGCAGCAGAAGAUCCAAAAGGGAGACAUUGCCCAGAUUGUCAGGGAGUCGGAUGUGAUGCUGAGGGAUGGAUUCAAUGAGUUGUUUGAUCAGCUGCAUAAGUACAACGUCCCCAUGUUCAUCUUCUCUGCUGGUGUUGGUGACAUCCUUGAGGAGAUUAUCCGUCAGGCCAACGUCUUCUACCCCAAUGUCAACGUGGUGUCCAACUACAUGGACUUCGAUGACAGUGGAGUCCUCAAGUGCUUCAAGAGCCCUCUAAUCCACACCUACAACAAGAACAACAGCGUGCUGCAGGGCACUCCCUACUUCCAGCAGCUGAGCACACGGACGAGCAUCAUCCUUCUGGGGGACUCCAUGGGCGACCUGACGAUGGCAGAUGGCGUUCCCAGUGUGGAGAACAUCCUCAAGAUUGGCUUCCUCAACGACAAGGUGGAGGAGCGGCGGGGGAAAUACCUGGAUGCCUAUGACAUCGUGCUGGAGAGCGACGAGACGUUGGAUGUGGUGAAUGGGAUUCUGCGGUACGUCCUCAUGGAGACAUGAGCCGGGCAGCAGCGCCCCAACCCCGGCCCGUCAGCCGCGUGCUGGGGAUGAGUGCCCUUAGCAAAGCCGGACGGGCGUCCUGGUACCUGCCUGAAUCCACCCCCAUACCGGGGCUCCCCCUGCCCCAGCUGUUGUGUCCCAAACCUCACAGCUCUUCUGGUCAGUUUGGAGCUGAAGGGCUGAUCGGGAGGAAGCGAGGAGCCUGCCCUGCACUCUGCAUCCUCCUCAGCCUCCAGCAGCACCGGGGCCACAGCAAACAUUUGUGUUCUGGGGAGGGACGUUCUGUGCUUCUGUCCAGCAGCUGAGCACAGAAGGAGGGACUGUUGGCUGUGGCUUGAGGGCAGGCUGGUUUGAGUUGAAGCUGUUUGGUUUUACUGCAUUCCUGUCUAAGGAAAUGAGCACUGCUGCUCCUAUCCUGUUUUCUGUGGCCCCAAGGUGUGCAGGCUGAGCCCCAGCUGUGGGGAGGGAGCAGGGUGGGGUGGUCCUGCAGCCCCGGGAGGUGGGUGCUGGGGAUGGUGGGCAGCUCUGCUGGGUUCCCAUGGGCUCUGACCUCAGCCCUCACCCUGCAGCUCACUCACCGCCCUCCACACCAUGGGCUGCUAAAUGUCACUUCUGGGCAGUGCAGAUCUCUGCUUCUUUGCAAUAAAAUCAUUGACAAAAGCUGCAGU